GCGGCGGCCGCCGGUCCCGGUGCGGUGCCGGUGCGGUGCCGGUGCCCGCGGGCCAUGCGGCGGCCGUAGCCAUGCAGCGCGACGGGGAUGCGGCGGCGGCGGCCGCGGCCUCGUACCGGGUGCUCAGCCGGCUGCUGGGCUAUGGCACCGGGCCGGAGGCGGGCGCGGCGGGCGGUACCGGUGCCGGUACCGGCGGUGCUGCCGCGCUGCCCGGUAACGGGGGGCGGCUGCCGGGGGUCGUGCCGGCUCUGCGCAGCCCCCGGCCGCAGCUGAUGGUUUUCCGCAACGCUGCGGCCGAGAGCCGGCCCGGCGAGGACUGCGGCCCGGUGGCGGCGGCGGCGGCGGCGGUGCCCGGUAGCGGGGGGAUCCCGGGGGGCGGCGGGGCCGAGCUGUGCCCGCGGCACCGCUGCGCGCUGGAGCCCAAAGCGGCGGCGGGCUGGGGAGCGGCGGCGCAGAACGGGCUGGAGCUGCAGCUGGCGGCGCUGGGGCUGCGCCCGCCGGGGCUGGGGGCCAAGGGGGCGGCGGGCGCGACCCCCUGUCCCCCCUGCGCCCCCUGCCCGUGCCUGGGGCCGCCCGCCGGGGAGGAAACCAGCGAUGCGCUGCUGGUGCUGGAGGCGCUGGAGCCCGACGAGGGCGGCAGCGGCUCCGAGGACGAGCCGGGAUCCCCCGGGCGAGGGGCCGCCCGAGCCGCCGGCAGAGCCGCAGCAGCGCCCGGUGCCGCUCCGCCACCCGCGGGCACCGGCACCGGCACCGGCCCCGGCGGCAGGAAGGGCUCGCUCCGCAUCCGCCUCAGCCGCCUCUUCCGCACCAAGAGCUGCAGCGGCGGAUCGGCCACCGGGGACGCCGCCAGCGCCGCCGCCUCGGCCGGGAGCCUGACGGAUGUGUGCGGGGCCCGCGGGCGGGAGCAGGAACCGGGCAGGAAACACCGCCUGACCAGAACCCAAAGUGCCUUUUCCCCGGUCGUGUUCAGCCCCCUCUUCACAGGUGAGACCGUGUCUCUGGUGGACGUGGACAUUUCCCAGCGGGGGCUCAGCUCCCCUCACCCCCCGACGCCGCCGCCCCCGCCGCGCCGGAGCCUCAGCCUGCUGGAUGAUUUCAGUGGGACGCUGCCCCCGGGGCUCGUGGGCUCCUCCCUGCAGAGUUUCCCUCUGCCCCCGCCGCCGCCGCCCCAUGCCCCAGACGCCUUGCCCCGGGCUGUGCCCCUUCGGCCACCGGAGGCCCAGGGCCAGCAACCCCUGGGCCAGCAGUGUCCCCCAGGCCAGCAGUGUCCCCCAGGCCAGCAGUGUCCCCCAGCCCUGCAGUGUCCCCUGGCACGCCCUGACCCCGGCAGCUUCGCCGCCAGCCUGAGGGAGCUGGAGAAGUGUGGCUGGUACUGGGGCCCCAUGACCUGGGAGGACGCGGAGAUGAAGCUGAAGGGAAAAUCCGACGGCUCCUUCCUGGUGCGGGACAGCUCCGACCCGCGCUACAUCCUGAGCCUGAGCUUCCGCUCGCAGGGCGUGACGCACCACACGCGCAUGGAGCACUACCGGGGGACCUUCAGCCUGUGGUGCCACCCCAAGUUCGAGGAUCGCUGCCAGUCCGUGGUGGAGUUCAUCAAGAGGGCGAUCAUGCACUCCAAGAACGGGAAAUUCCUUUAUUUCCUGCGCUCCCGGGUUCCAGGUCUGCCUCCCACGCCUGUGCAGCUCCUGUAUCCCGUCUCCAGGUUCAGCAACGUCAAAUCCCUGCAGCACCUUUGCCGCUUCCGCAUCCGGCAGCUGGUCCGGAUCGACCACAUCCCCGAGCUCCCGCUGCCCAAGCCCCUGAUCUCCUACAUCCGCAAGUUUUACUACUACGACCCGCAGGAGGAGCAGUACCUGUCCCUGAAGGAGGCUCAGCUCAUCUCCCGACACAGGCACGAGCCCCAGCCCUCCACGUAGCGCAGCCGGCGCGGCCGACGGAAUUUCGCUGUUGCCCUCCUGCCGUGCUGGGACAGAGGCCGAGCUCCUGCUGCUGCUGCUCCUGGAGGAGAGGGCCCAGCAUUCCCAGGGAAUCCCAGCAUUCCCAGGAAUCCCAAAAUUCCCAGGAAUCCCAAAAUUCCCAAGGAAUCCCAGCAGAGCAGGAUCCUGGGAAAAGGAAUCCUGGGGGAGCCGAGCGCGGCCCCGCGGAACGAAGAAUGUCACGGCACUAUUCCCAACUUUUCCUGGAAGUUCUCAGUUUGGAUGUCUCUGGAAUUUUUUUUGGUUUUUUAGUUUUAUUUUUUUGGGAGGAAAAAGAACUGAGCCCAUUGGAUUUUCUGAUCCUGAUGGAAUUUCUGAUCCUGCUGAAUUUUCUGAUCCCAUUGGAUUUUCUGAUCCCAUUGGAUUUUCUGAUCCUGCUGAAUUUUCUGAUCCCAUUGGAAUUUCUGAUCCUGCUGGAUUUUCCAAUCUUCUUGGAUUUUCUGAUCCUGCUGAAUUUUCUCAUCCCACCUUGGGAAUUUCAAGGUGGGGAAGAGGGAAGAAAAAAAAAAAAAAAAAAAAAAAAAAAAAGGAGGGAAUUUUUUGGGAAGAUCCGUCUGCUCCAAGGCUUUGAUCCUCACUGGAGAGCUGCAAAUGGAGCCAGGGGAUGGAAUAAAUCCUGGGAAUAAAUCCUGGGAAUAAAUCCUAAGAAUAAAUCCUGGGAAUAAAUCCUAAAAAUAAAUCCUGGGUAUAAAUCCUGGGAAUAAAUCCUGGGAAUAAUUCCUGGGAAUAAUUAAAUUAAAUUGUGGAGUUCUGAGCAGCUCCACAGCUCCCCUGCUUCCCAGAAUUUGGGAAAAGAAAUCCAAACCCUCCUGGAUUGGCAGGAACUUCCUGGGAAAAGCUGGAAGAAAGGAAGGAAGAGCUUGGGAUGUGAUGGAUCCAAAGGGAACAUUCCUGAAAAAACACUGGGAAGAUUCCCCUGGGAAGUGGGACACGAAUUCCCUGGUUUUGGACACAAAUUCCCUGAUUUUGGACAAAAAUUCCCUGAUUUUGGACAAAAAUCCCCUGAUUUUGGACAGAUAUUUAAUGGUUUUGGACAUGAAUUUCCUGAUUUUGGACACAAAUUUCCUGAUUUUGGACACAGUGCCCUGAAUCCAAGGAAUCUGGAUCUGAGGAGCUGCCAGGACCUUUGGAGAUGAUUCCUGCCCUGGAAUUCCUGAGGAUUUUAAUGGAAAGAAAAAAAAAAAAACAAAAAAGCAAAAAAAUCCCACAAAAGGUGCUACAAAACCUCUUCCUCCAGCUGGGAUUUGGAGGAAAGAAAAAAAAAAAAAAAAAAACCCAAAUCCUUAAAUAUUCCAGGUGAAACUGAGCUGCAAAAUCCAUGGAAAUACCUCAUGGGGCUGGGUGAGGGAAAACC